AUGGACCCUCCGUCCCUUCAGAAACAGCUGGCGUGCGACGGUGCAGCCGUGAUGAGGGUUUUGGGGAUGGCCCACACGUUAGCCAAUGGUGGAUCGGGUUCGUCCGAGGCCCUGAAGGAGGCGGAGGCGGCAAAGAAGACUGCCGAGGACAGGGUAAAGACCCUGGAGACCGACCGCAAGGAGUUGAAGAGAAAGAUCGAUGCGGUUCUCAAGCAGAAGGACGGAGAGAUUGCGGCGGAGAAGAAAAAGCUUGCCGACCUUCAGCUUGAGUGGGCUCCCUCGGCUGACGAGUCAUCGGAUGUGGCCGUUCUGCGGACUAGGGCUGAAUUCGUGGAGAAGAUAGAUAGCCUGAAGAUAAGCUUGGCCGACAUGGCUGAAGUCGGUUUCGAGCGUGCUGUUCGUCAACUUAAGCUUCUAAACCCUGGCUUGAAGGAGGAUAACGUCGGGCUCUCUUCGAAGAUUGUGGACGGCGCGUUGGUGCCCGAGUCUCCAGAGAGUGAAGAGUAG